AUGAAGUGUGCGACAAAAUAUGGAUCAAAAGAUAUUCAUUCAUUAGCAAGUGAUUACAUGAUAUUGGAUUACAUACAUUCUGGAUAUAGUAGGAAGAAUUUCGGCUGCUGUCAUGUUCUGCAGCAUCAUGUCAAACAUAUCAAUCAUUACUACUGUGUCUUUGUCGAGGUCGCCGAUCAGGCUGUUGGUGAUUACAAGUGCACACCUAAUCAGGAUCGUAAGAGAGAGCACGUGCAACUUGUUGAACAGGUGUGGAUGAGUCUGGUGUUCUGUCAUUUGGUCGCAUUCUUGUCAUUUGGUAGAGCUGGUGUUGUUGGGACUGAUGUGUCGGACAUGGUUGUUGAGUCUUCGAUGUCUAUUAUUAUGAAGCGUACAUUGUCAGGAGUUGAUGCCCUAAGCAUUUGGAUUGACAUUGUUCUUGUUUGUCCUUUGUGGUCGGUGCUGAUCGAGGGUAGGAUGUUUUUGUUUAUGAGCGGGUUGUCAGAUUAAAACUUUUCAAGUGACGACUUUAGCAGCUUCCAACAUGAUGUCUCAGAUAUAACUGCUGAUAUGGUGUCUGUAGCAUCGAUGAUCGUGACCGUGAAUUUGUAUCUAUGGACAGAAAAUAUUUGUAAGGACUGCAGUUACAUAAUAAUGACUUUUUGUUAAAUUGAAAAGAUGCUUACGUGUAAGUUGGCUUUUCAAUCAAUGCGGGUGCAUUGCAGUACCACUUUUCACCCCUUCUAAAGAUGGGAUCCUUGCAGGUUGGAC